UGAAUUUUUGGCCAAAUUCUUUCAUGGGGUCACUUCAUGUAAAGUGUGAGGAAUUCUCAGUUGUUGAAAAAGGAAAACUAUGAUUCUUAAAGCUGAAACCUUGUCAUGUACUCCAAAGCAAGUGCACGAAAAGUGAUGGAAAGGGCCAAGUCAUCAAGUUCAAUGUUGUGGAAGAAUGAGAGUUAUUAGGAAUUGGAUUGUAAGUAAGAAGAGAAAGUUUCUUGGGAUUGAGGAGAGAUUGGAGAAGAUGAUCAAUUGCAUGCGUUCUGGGGAACAGGUUGCUGUUGAUGAGAUUGGUGGUUAUUCAUCAGAGUCACUUGCAACAAGGGACUAUUCAGCUACAGCGAGUGGCUAUUCAUCUAGGCCUGGUGCUGCUGAAUUUGAUCCAAAGUUGGAUAAUAGCAACAUUGAAGAAGCAGAGUCCACACUUCGUGAAAGUGGUUACUUGAACUAUGAGGAAGCUAGAGCUUUACUAGGAAGGCUUGAAUAUCAGAAGGGUAAUUUUGAAGCUGCACUUCAUGUAUUUGAAGGAAUAGACAUUGCUGCUGUUGCUCCAAAGAUGAAAAUUUCUAUAUCUAGAAGAUGUGAACGGAAUAUGAAUAGACGCCGUUCGUUGAGUGAUGCAGCGCCUCCUAUGUCCAUUCAUGCUGUUAGUCUACUUCUUGAAGCUGUUUUGCUCAAGGCAAAGUCAUUGCAGAUUCUUGGAAGGUUUCAAGAAGCUGCUAGAUCAUGCAAGACUAUUUUGGACACCGUUGAAUCUGCAUUACCUGAAGGAUGGCCUGAGAACUUUGAUUUAGACAGAAAGUUACAAGAGACUAUAAGAAAUGCUGUAGAACUACUUCCAGAGCUAUGGAACCUUGCCGGCUCUCAUCAACAUGUCAUAUCAUCAUUUAGGAGGGCCUUGCUUUAUCCAUGGAAUCUUGACAUUGAAACAACUUCAAGAAUUCAAAAGGAAUUUGCUAUGUUUCUUCUGUAUAGCGGCUGUGAAGCGAGUCCUCCUUCGCUUCGCUCUCAAUUGGACGGUUCCUUUGUCCCAAGAAACAAUAUAGAAGAAGCUGUUCUCUUGCUUCUUAUUCUGCUGAGAAAUUCUGCUAUAGGAAGCAUUGAAUGGGACCCUUCAGUAGUUGAUCAUCUUUCUUUUGCUCUAACUGUUUCCGGGGAGUUCAAGACACUGGCUCAACAGGUUGAGGAAUUGCUUCCGGAAACCAUGGAGAGGAAAGAAAGACAUUAUAUUCUAGCACUUUGUUACUUUGGUGAAGGUGAGCACAUGAUUGCUUUGGAUCUUUUGAGGAACUCUUUGAAUGAUAGAGAGAACUCGGAGUGCGAACAGGAACUGCUUCUAGCUUCAAAAAUUUGUGCAGAUAACAUGGUUUGUGUUGAGGAUGGAAUCAAAUAUUCUUGCAAAGCAAUUUCUCAGUUGGAUGGAAAGUGCAUGCAAGUGGUGGCAAUUGCAUAUUGCUUACUAGGUGUUCUGCUCUCAUCGAAAUCAAGGUUGAUAGCUUCUGAUUCAGAGAAAGUUUUAAUGCAAUCCGAAGCACUGAGGGCUCUGAAAACGGCAGAGAGAACGAUGAGUGAGAGUGAUCCUUACAUAGUCCUUCAUCUUUGUCUAGAAUACGCCGAGCAGCGGAACUUGAGCAUUGCUUUUUGUCAUGCAAAGGAACUGGUUAAGCUUGAGGGUGGAUCUAGUGUUGCUGCAUAUGUAUUACUUGCAAGGAUUUUAUCAGCUCAAAAGAAUUUUGUGGAUGCAGAGUUGGUUAUUGAUGCUGCCAUAGAUCAAAGUGGGAAAUGGGAUCAAGGAGAGUUGUUGAGAACCAAAGCGAAACUCCGGAUUGCACAGGGAAGAUUAAGGAGUGCAGUGGAGACAUAUACUUUCCUCCUUGCUGUGCUUCAAGUCCAAAACAAAAGUUUGGGCACUGCAAAUAAGGUUAUGAAGAGUAAGAGAAACCGCAACAGAAAUCUGGAGAUGGAAAUAUGGCAUGAUUUGGCCAACUUGUACAUUGCUUUAUCACAGUGGCGAGAUGCUGAAGUUUGUCUUGCAAAGUCUAAGGCUAUUAAUCCUUAUUCUGCUUCUAGAUGGCACUCCACAGGUUUACUUUUCAAGGCCAGAGAUCAGCAGCAAGAAGCAUUGAAUGCAUUUAGGAAAGCACUAGACAUCGAACCAAACCAUGUGCCAAGUUUGAUAUCAACAGCAUGUGUUCUGAGACAGCUUGGUGGCCAAUCAUCUUCAAUUGUGAGAAGCCUUCUGAAUGAUGCACUAAGGCUUGACAGAACAAACCCAAAUGCUUGGUACAAUCUUGGACUGCUCUACAAACAUGAUUUGGGCACAUCUGCAUUGGAAGCUGCUGAGUGCUUUGAGGCUGCUGCUCAUCUUGAAGAAACUUCUCCCAUUGAACCCUUUAGAUAGCCAACUUCACCACAAUUUUUUAUUUCAUUUUAUUUAUUUAUUUAUUUAUUUUGUUGUCGUUGAAGAUGUGUGAUAAGUUAUAGGUCUACUUGUAAAGCUUUGCUUUUUGAAGAAUGAUAUAUGUAGCUAGUAAAUUUGUCUAAA